AUGCAGCUAACCAAUCGUGCCUUCUCAAUUAACUGUGACCUGCGUCAGAUUUAUGUGGGACGAGUGUACCCGCAGGCUGUCUACUUCCCCAUCCGCACCCUCUACCUGACGCUCAAGAUCGAGCAGAGGGAGCGCUACAAAAGUGAUUCCUCAGGACAGCAGCAGCCCAGCUCAGUGGGGGCCCAGCCUCACUCGGGGGCCUCGGACCCCGGACCCAUCCGAGCCACGGCUCCCAUGUGGCGCUGCAGCCGCAUCAUGCACAUGCAGCGCGAGCUCCACCCCACGCUGCUCUCCUCCCUGGAGGGCAUCGUGGACCAGAUGGUGUGGUUCAGGGAGAACUGGCACGAGGAGGUGUUGAGGCAGCUCCAGCAGGGUCUGGCUAAAUGCUACUCCGUUGCCUUUGAGAAGAGCGGUGCCGUGUCCGACGCCAAGAUCACUCCUCACACUCUGAACUUUGUGAAGAAGCUGGUCAGCACCUUUGGAGUGGGCUUGGAGAACGUCCCUAACGUCUCCACCAUGUUCUCCAGCGCCGCCUCCGAGUCUCUGGCCCGCAGAGCAAAGGCCACGGCGCAGGACCCCGUUUUCCAGAAGAUGAAGGGACAGUUCACUACAGACUUUGACUUCAGCGUGCCGGGCUCCAUGAAGCUCCACAAUCUCAUCUCCAAGCUGAAGAAGUGGAUCAAGAUCCUGGAGGCCAAGACCAAGCAGCUUCCCAAGUUCUUCCUCAUCGAGGAGAAGUGCCGCUUCCUCAGCAACUUCUCCGCUCAGACGGCCGAGGUGGAGAUCCCCGGGGAGUUCCUCAUGCCCAAACCCACACACUAUUACAUCAAGAUCGCACGGUUCAUGCCCCGGGUGGAGAUCGUUCAGAAACACAACACAGCGGCGCGAGAGAGGGAAGAGAUACAUGAUGGGAUGAUUCUACUUCCAUAUAAACAGGGGUUGAGGAGGCGGAGCAGCUGCAGGACCCUCUCCUCUCGGCGGGACUCCGUCAGGCAGGCGUCGUUCAUCACCAGUCCCCUGAAGUGUUGCUUGCCCCGAGUGGUAGCAGUGUCGCCUCAGAUGCGUCUGGUAGAAGACAACCCUUCGUCUCUGUCUCUGGUGGAAAUCUACAAACAGCGCUGUGCCAAGAAAGGAAUCGAACACGACAACCCCAUCUCCAGAUAUUACGAUCGCCUGGCCACGGUGCAGGCCAGAGGCACACAGGCCAGCCACCAGGACACGGGGAAGCUGAACGUCUCGUACUUCCGCUUCGACAUCAACGACGCCACGGGCGAUCUGGACGCUAACCGCCCGGUUCCUUUCCGCCUGACGCCCAACAUCUCCGAGUUCCUGACCACCAUCGGGGUCUCCGGCCCGCUCACCGCCUCCAUGAUCGCCGUGGCUCGAUGCUUCUCUCAGCCGAACUUCAAGGUAAUCAACUUUGCAGAAAUUCAAUCGGCCAAGGUUUUCGGACACAGGCAGAUAUUUCGUAAAUACGGUAUUGAUGCCGUUAGACAGUCAAGCGUUCAGACGGGACCACCCGUCUGA